AUGAGGACAGCACUAGCAGCCGUGGUUCCGGGACUUCUCUUAUCGCAGACCAGCAACGCCUCGCCGGCAUGGACGUACAACGAGCGCGGUGUGUCUCACCACCCGCUGGAUCCAGGAAAUGACAAGCUUGGUGCUGUGGCUUCGGAGAGCUCGAUAUGUUCGAACAUCGGGAUUAAGACGCUGAAGUGUGGUGGGAAUGCCGCUGAUAGCCUGGUCGCGACGGUGUUGUGUAUUGGGGUCGUUGGGAUGUAUCACAGUGGUAUUGGCGGCGGCGGGUUCAUGUUGCUGAGGACGAGUAAUGGGUCUUUUGAGAAUAUCGAUUUUCGGGAGACGGCGCCUGCGGCUGCUUUUCAGGAUAUCUCGAUCUACGGAGGCCUAGCGAGUGGUGUGCCUGGCGAAUUGCGUGGUCUGGCUCACCUACACGAGAACUACGGUGUGUUACCCUGGCACGACGUCGUAAUGCCAGCCGUCCAUGUCGCUCGCCACGGCUGGCCAGUCAACGACGAUCUCGUCCGGUACAUGGCAUUAGCGAUCGAAGGGAUCGACAACUUCCUCGUCAACGAGCCGACCUGGGCCAUUGAUUUUGCACCAGAAGGAAAGCUGUUGAAGCUGAACGACACCAUCACGCGCCGACGAUAUGCGGACACUUUGCAAACGAUUGCUGAACGAGGUCCGGACGCCUUUUAUACUGGUCCGAUCGCUGAAGCCACGAUAAGAACGCUACAGCACCACAAUGGCACGAUGACUAUGGAUGAUCUCAAGAACUACGCAGUCGCUCUUCGCGAGCCGGCCGCGAUCGACUAUCGCAACUACAAGAUCCGCAGCUGCAGUGCGCCUUCCUCUGGCACUGUCGCAAUGUCGGUGAUGAAGAUCUCUGAAGGCUUCGACACUCUAGGCUGGCCUGCAGAUCUUAAUAUCUCGACCCACCGCUUUGACGAGGCCAUCCGCUUUGCGUACGGUCAGCGCAGCGAGCUGGGUGAUCCGGAGUUCGUGCCGGGAAUGCUUGAGUUUGAGACGGAGAUGCUGAAUGCUACGGUUGCUGCUCAGAUACGCUCGAGGAUUAACGAUUUCCAUACGCUGAACGUGUCUGCAUACGACCCAUCCGGUUUCGAGUCAUUGAACACUCCCGGUACAUCGGCGGUAGCUGUCAGCGAUUCCAGCGGGAUGGCGAUAUCAUUAACCACUACGGUCAACCUGCUGUUCGGCUCUCACCUGAUGGUCCCAGAAACCGGCGUCAUCAUGAACAACGAGAUGAACGACUUCAGCAUCCCAGGCACCUCGAACGCCUUUGGCUACGUUCCCUCGCCUGCAAACUACAUCCGCCCUGGCAAACGACCCUUGAGCUCCAUCACCCCGACGAUUGCCGAACACGCAGAUGGCUCGCUCUACUACGUCGUCGGCGCCGCCGGCGGGAGCAGAAUCAUCACCGCCACGCUGCAGAAUCUCUGGCACGUGCUUGAUCAGAACAUGACUGCUCCGGAGGCGUUGGCGAGGCCGAGGUUUCAUGAUCAGUUGGUUCCGGAUCAGAUUAUGUUUGAGUAUGCCUAUGAUAACGAGACUGUUGACUUCAUGAAGGCGAGAGGGCAUAACGUUACAUGGAUGGCACCUGGUAGUUCUAGCGCGCAGUCUUUGCGGCGGCUUGCGAAUGGGACGUUCGAGGCUGCUGGCGAGCCACGGCAGGAGAAUAGCGGUGGGUAUGCGAUAUAG